CACAUUUACACUUUCAUUUAAUUAGUAAUCAUUAAUUUUUAAUUUUUGUUUCAUCGUUGAUUACUGUCUUUUAAAUUUCAUUGAAUUUGUCCCAGGUGAGUGUGACAGUACAAUUCUUGUUAAAUUAUUCGUUGUUAUCAAAAUUUGCCUAAUGAUUGUUUACCUGAUAUUUUUUUUAUUGGGCCAUUCACGAGGAAAAUUUUCAUUGGGCUAAACCCCCGCGUAACUGUAGCAUAAACAUAAGUGAUAAGCCAACAGAAAGCCCGCGUAACUAUAGGGUAAGCCGAGAGAUGCUGGCUACCUGGCUCCGUUUCGGUGUCGCCUCGCCUUCGCGUAAUUGCAUCUCAAAUUCCCAAUUCCAUCAAUUCCGGCUAGAAUCAGUCCCGGCGGCUGAAGUUCGCAUUGUCGAUAGCGAGGAUUUCGACCAACGACCGAUCAGCCUGAAUUCUACCCAUUUCCCCGCCGGGAGAAUCUGGCAGUUGAGCUUUCCGAAGACAAAAGCAGCGGCACUUGUUGUUUGUUCGAGCUUCUCAGCUCUGCCUUCACCGCCUAAAGCACCUGCAGUUUAAUGAAAUUGACUCGGUUCUUCUUAUCGGAACUCCGCGUCAGCUCCUAUUCUUCAGGACGGUGUAUCUAUUUCAGCAUAAACGCAGUUCAAAGAGUUCCCGAUCUCUGCGUCCCGAGGUCAGCCGCCACCUGUUCGACGAAAUGCCAGACUGAAGCCGAAGAGGAAGAAGUAGAAGAAGCACCGCCCAAGAACUCUGUAGAGGUUUUCAAGAGAUGGGGAUGCAAGGACAGCGAUUUGGCCAAGAUAUUCUCUCGCAGGCCGGCUCUGCGAAACGCCAGCGUCGCCCUCCUCCACUCCAAAUUAACUGUCCUCCAAAACCUGGGCUUAAACGCAUCCCACCUUGUUCAGAUCAUCAACUGCCGCCCGCAUUUCCUAAGCUACAGCAUGAACGGUUCCUUCAAUGAGCGCAUGGAAUACUUCGCGGAGUUGUUUGGGUCAAAGGAGAUGGUUCUUAAAGCCAUCGUGGGGAAUCCCUCCUUGUUGAGAUACGACCUCCACAACAAGAUCAAACCCGUGGUCGCCUUGUACGAUUCCAUGGGUGUGAACAAACAAAGCUUCGCCCAAAUGCUCAUGUCUCGUCCUGCAUUGAUCGCGAGAACACAAUUCGACGACGAGAAGAUGGAGUUCAUCCACAAAACCGGGGUCCCCCAAAGCUCAAAGCUUUACAAGUACAUAGUCACAAUCGUGGGCAUUUCGAAAACAGAGACUCUGCUUGGCAAAGUUGCCAACUUGGAGAAGUUCGGGUUUCAAGAAGAAGAAGUCUGGCAACUCGUGGGGCGUUCGCCUUAUCUGUUGACGUUGGCUGUCGAUAAGGUCCAGCGGAACAUGACUUACGUUGUGGGCACGUUGAAGCUUCCUGCGAGUGUUGUACUGAGUUACCCUGCGUUGAUCUAUGCUAGCCUGGAGGCGGUCAUGAAACCUCGAGUUCUGCUUGCUGGGAAGAUAGACGAGAUGGGUCUCCAGCCAAAGAUCGAAGGGCCGUCACUGUUGAAGGCCAUCAAGAUGAGCGAGAAGAGAAUGAUCAAGGUGUUUAUUUCGUGUCAUCCUGAGGAUGUUGCCAAGGAGCUGAUGGAGUAUUAUGAGAAGGCCAAAGGGCUGAAGAGAUUAGCUCAGGCAUCGAGAAAGGCUGUGAAUCGGUGGUUCCCGUUUUGAUUUGUUUGUGUUUUGGUAUAGGCUUCUUGCACAAGCUUGAUCAUUCUCUUGCUAAGAUGUUCGAUACCAUUGUUUUCCAGAUCAUAUACAUUCUGCAAUUUGAUAUCCCCCAACUCCAUUGUUGUAGUGUAAUUUUGUGUAGCUUGUUCUUUGUUCUCGGGCACCAUGUUUGUUUGGUAUCUUGUAAUAAAAAGAGGCCAGAAUG